UGAGCAUGCGCAGAUGUCUAGCAGGUUACACGAGUUUAUUUCAGUCUUUUCUCUCCCGGAGUCGCGAUGUGAUGCUGUGAGAAAACAAAAACAACCUUGCGCGGAUGACAACAAUGCUCCCUCUGGACUCUCGGAGGUAAAAAAAACAACAACAACCGGGAAACGUCUCCGGAGCAGCGAGGGUUUUUUUUCGGGAAUUGAACGGCGACAUGUGAAAUGUUGCUGCGUGGUUUGUCGGUAUUUCCAGGCGGCGACGGGCAGACACAGCCAGGCUAGUGUCUGGAGCUAGGUAGCUUAGCUGUGGUUAGCGUCUGCGCUGGCUCAGCGGGUUGUGGCAUCGACGCAGGGGGGGUUUGGUGACACGUUGUUUGUCCGGUGGUAUCAGACAACCGGUCGGAAGGUUUCAUCCAUUAAACUGCUGUUUAAAUGUGAACAGACAGCACGGCGGAGCUACGUAGCUAAUGCUAGCUACUUUUUUUUUGUGUGUGUGCUGUUUAAGUGAGAGUGACCCCCCUCUUCCUCCUCUUCCUCCUCUUCCUCUUCCUCCUCCUCAUUUUAAACCAGCGACAUCCAUCGUGAAAGACUUCUUUUGACAUCUCGUCCUUUCAUAUUAACCGGACUCCUUUUUUUUUAAAACUGCUGAAAUGCAACGCUGAUGCAUGCUAUCUGUUAGCUAGGAGCUCACCCUCCUCCUCCUCCUCCUCUUCCUCCUCCUCCUCCUCACUACUCCAGUCAUAUUGUUUUGGCUGACAUGGCAGCCAGCGGAUACUCUGACCUGAGGGAGAAGCUGAAGUCCAUGACCCCACACAGAGACGAGGAGAAGAAUAAAUACGUGGACGGGACGAGUAAUGGCAGCGGGAAAGGUCGGAAGCGCAAGCUCAGAGAGUCCGACGACGAUGAGUACGAGCACAGCGACGACAACGCGGAGCUCCGGGAGCAGGAGGCCCACCGGGUGAGGAGCAGCAUCCUGCAGAAGAGCAUCUUCACACCGGAGGAGUGCGCCCUCAUCGAGGAGAAGAUAGACGACGUGGUUGCUCAGGGAGAGGCUGGACUUUACCGUGAGCAUACCGUGGACAGAGCACCCCUCCGCAACAAGUACUUCUUCGGGGAGGGGUACACAUAUGGAUCCCAGCUGGAGAAGCGUGGACCGGGUCAGGAGAGGCUGUACCGAAAGGGGGAAGUGGAUGAGAUCCCUGGCUGGGUGCAUGAGCUGGUGAUCAAGCGUCUGGUGUCCAGUGGCGUGAUCCCAGAAGGAUUUGUCAACAGUGCAGUCAUCAAUGAUUAUCAGCCGGGUGGCUGCAUCGUGUCACACGUCGAUCCUCUGCACAUCUUCGCCCGGCCCAUCGUCUCCGUGUCCUUCUUCAGUGACAGCGCGCUCUGCUUCGGCUGCCGCUUCCAGUUCAAACCGAUCCGGGUGUCGGAGCCUGUGUUUGUUCUGCCUGUGAGGAGAGGCAGUGUCACGGUACUCAGUGGUUACGCCGCUGACGACAUCACCCAUUGCAUCAGACCCCAAGACAUCAAGGAGCGGCGUGCCGUUAUCAUCCUUAGAAAGACCAGACCGGAUGCUCCUCGACUGGACUCUGACAGCCCUUUAAGCUCUUCUCCUGUAGAGAGACACGCUCCUCUGAAAGCCAAACGCUCUCAUCGCAGAGCAGACCCUGAUGCUGCUCACAGGCCGAGAGUUCUCGAGAUGGACAAAGAGGAGAACAGACACCCGUCAGUGUCGCGUCACCGUCGUCACAGCAUCAGCUCAGAGAACUACUGGAGGCGCGGUCAAGACUCUGACAAACACCGGGAGAGUUCAGGACGCAAAGUCAAAAUGAGACGCCACUGAUCACUUCUCUAUCAACACAUGUACACAUAUAAAUAUACCCGCUCUUUUAUGUAUUUCAAUAUUGUAACAUUCUUUUGAUCAAUCUUCAUUUUUCUCGCUCCAGUUUUGGCACGGGGAGCACAGUCAUCAUGUUGUCUGCGUUUUGAUUUUGAGUUUGGAUCAGUUUGAGUGCAUAUUUGUUUCUGGCAGACGAAGCUGGCGUCUCUGCUACACAGUACAGAACCUCAAAGUUACUCACUACAGUUAGGCUCUGUUGUUAAACCUUAAAUUAAUUACGUUUCUUGUUUCUGUGUCCAUAGAUACUUCAAAAUGGCAUGUAUUUUUUGUAACCAAGAUGUACAGACCGCAAGAACUAAAAAGAAAUGUAUGUAUGGACUUGUACAAAAGAAAAACCUGAGCUGUAAUCUAACUUGUUAUAAUGUACAAUACGUUUGUAUAGUCUUUGAUUGGGGGAACUUUUAUGCAGAAAGAAAGAAACCUUUUGUUUUUUCGCACCUACAUUUCUGAUCCGUACCUUUUUUACUGUGCCAUCCCAGAUCUUUGCUGUUCGUUCACUUAAGGUCAACCUGUCGCAGUUUAAGUUGAAACAACCUGGCAGAUGUGCAGCCAUGCAGUCUGUGUUAUGAUUUGAUUCAGCUUUAUGGCUCAUCUUGGUGGAGGUCACAGUAUGAUGCAUAAACUAAACUGAAGCUUUAUGGAGUGAGCUUUAUGGGCUUGUUUUUCCACUCCUGUUUCAGUCUGAAGUUGCUUUACCUUAUAUAGUGACAGAGGCUAUGUUACUGCUGUUCUGUAUUAAAUCUAUUUUCUUCCUCAUUUAAAUUGGGUGACAUUUGGGUUAAUCAGAACUUAAUGUGAGCAAAAGCAAUCUCCAUUAUGUCUGAACACGAGGCAGAGAAGAAACUCAAUUUCCAGACGUAUUUGUCCUUGUGGUUUGCUGUGUAAACACAGAUACAUUUGUUUUUUGCUCCCAGUCAGCCGUAUUUGGCAGAGGCGCUCAUUAGCUGACUGUUACUUUAGUCUGGAGUUACAUAUGAAUAAAAAGAACCUUGGUUGAGAGGAGAAAUUACUUUUCUAAUAACAGGAUGAGUUGUGUUUAUGGUUUAAUGAAGCUCUGCGACAGUUGUGAACAUGUUGGCAAAGGUUUAAAGUAAUUAUCUGCAAGGGGCAAAUACUGGAGCUCUUCAAAGAGUGGGACACUAACUUUGUGGACACAGUGGUGGCAGAUGAGGUGGUUUCACUGGUCACAUUUCUUGACAACAAAGGUGCAGUCUGAAUGAAAUAAAUCUGAAAGUGUCUCCACAGAGUGUGUCUGCCUUUAAAUAAAUCAGAGUUGUCCCUCAACCAAACUGUGUCUUCUGCAGCCUGGAGCAGGAGUUACUCUCAUGUUAUUAGUGAAUCAGCCUGAUUGAUAUUUGAGUUGACCUUAAUACCAGAGAUAUGUUUCUCUCAGUCCUUGAAUACAAGAUCAUUUCCCUUAAAUUACUUUUUUUGUUAAUGUGUGGACUGAGUGAAUCAAUGCAGUAUAUACUGUCUCUACUAUCCCUGUCAUGUUCUAUCUUUUCUGUUCACAUCUUUGCCUGAUAGGAAACUCUUCCGUUGGUUGUCAUCCUCAUUGAAAUGAACAGUUUCUAACAUUGGAAUAGUUGUUUUAUUCAUGUUAAUUUAAGUUUUAGUGAUCAUAUCAGUUAAAUUAUGAUUUUCACUCUAGAUGAGAAGACAUGGGGAAAACAAGUUUGGACAAUUCUGCUAGUGUUUCUUUAUAUUUUAGUUUGUAUAUUAUAUAUCAUCGACAUUUCAAGAGUUAUUUAUAAUUCAAUAAAGAAAACGUCAAAUGUA